GCUGCGGCUGUCGUCAGGGAGCGAGGAGCGAGCGAUGUUGUCCGUCCCGGGCGUCGGGGGCGGCCCGUCCGCGGCCUUCGACGGCGGGUCGGGGAGCGACUUCCUCACCCGCUACCGGCUGGUGUCGGCCAAGCUCCGCCGGCGCUUCCUGCGCAAACCCAACGUGUCUGAGGCGGCCGAGCAGUUCGGGGCGCUGGCCCGGGAGCUGCGCGCGCAGGAGAGCCUGCCGUACGCGGCCUGGUGCCAGCUGGCGGUGGCGCGCUGCUCCCAGAGCCUGGGCCACCCGGCCGGCGAGGCGGCGGCGCUGGGCGAGGCGGCGCGCCUGUGGCUGCAGCAGGAGCGGGAGGUCCGCCAGCGCCAAGGCCCCGGGCUGGGCCUGUCCGAGCACCUGCCCGCCGCCCAGAGCUGCGUGGCCUUCGCCGCCCGCCUGCACUUCGAGCUGGGCCAGCCGGCGUUGGCGGCCGGGCUGUGGCUGGAGCUGGCCCACGAGCUGCGCUCCGCCGGCGACCCGGCCCAAGCCGUGCCGGCCUUCCUGCGCGCCGCCGACCUCCUGGCCGUGGGCCACCUGCCCCUGGAAGCGCUGCGCUGCCUGCGCGACGUGGCCUCCUGCCUGCUGCUCGGCCGCGACCACGACGGCGCCCUGACCGUGCUCACGCAAGCCCAGCUCCUGGCCCAGGCCCACACCGGCACCGGCAGCGGCUCCGCAGCCUCCGCUGGGGCCGCCGCCGCUGCCGCCUCCUCCAGUGCUAUCAGCCCGCCGCCAGCCGCCUUCCUCGACGAACUGCUCCAGUGCGAGGUGACCCGCGUCCUCCUCUUACUCCUGCUCCAGCCGCCGCCCUCAAAACUGCUGCCCGAACAUGCCCAGACCCUCGAGAAGUACUCCUGGGAGGCCCUGGAUGCCUCACCGGGCUACGUGCCCUCCGAGCUGUUCCUGCUCCUGCAGUCCACCGUCAUGGCUUGCCAAGAGAAAGACCCCGAGUCGCUCAAAGUGCUGCAGAAGGAGCUCUGGCCGCUUCUCACUCCUGAGCAGAACCACCUGCUCCAUUUAGUCCUGCAAGAGAUGAUCAGUCCCUCUGGCCAGGGUGUCUGAGCAGCUUGAGCAGCGACUUCUUCCUAGGCCGGAUUUGCUCUGGUCGGAGUUGAUGGAGAGAGGUGGCAUGCAUCUCUCCUAACUUCUCCUAGUCCCCAGCUUGCUCUUUCCUUUAAGAUUCAUCCCUACACCUUUCCUCUGUAAAUACUCAAAAGUGCUGCAAAGCAAUUUCCUUUUCCAUACCCUGGGGACUUAUUUCCUGCCAUUCCAGGUCUAGUGUAUCCUGUCAACCCUUGGACUUGAGAGAACUGUGUGUGGCUUUCAAAGAUGUUUUACUGUUGGCCUAGUUUUCUCUUUUUGGGUCUUGCAGGACUCUUCCUUCAUCCCUCAGCACGGGAAGGAUGGUUGUAUCCAGUUGCAGGGUUGGCCCUACGUUGUUGUUUGUGGCAAAAUGUUUCUCUUUUUUUUGACUGAGAAUAUUGUAUGGAAAGCUUUGGGCAACUUUUCUCCAAAUGUUACAUUCCAAAUAUGUAGAGUAUUCUUCGUUGCACUUCAUUUGUUGCAGAAACUGUUUUGUUUUAAUGUCAGUAUUUAUGGGAUAAUGUGGACAAAGAACUUGGAAAUUUCAAAACACUUGUUUCCUUUUGUUUUCUGUGAAAAUAAACUUGAGCAUGUUAUAGCUGAGCAAA